UUCUUUGCCCUUCCACUGAUUUCUUCCCUUUUUUAAUUUAUCUUUAUUGCUUAAUUUUAUCUCAUCCAUCAUCCCCUUUUGACUUCCCACCACCUCUCUCUCUCUCUCUCUCUCUCUCUCUCUUCCUUGGUAUCUCAGUAAACCAAAAGUCGCUUCUGCGACGAUGGAACAGAAACUUCUUUGGUUCAGUAUAUGUUUGUGGACUUUGUCGUGCUCGUUGCUUCUCGAUGCCGCCUCUGAUGGGCUCCUCAGAAUCAAUGUGAAGAAGAUAGCUUUGGAUGUCGAAACCCUGAGUGCGGCAAGAUAUGCGAGGAGAGAGCAAAAUCGCAUUAAAUACGGCAGUGAUUUUGGUGGUUCGGAUGUCGACAUUGUGCCUCUUAAGAACUAUCUUGAUGCUCAAUACUUUGGAGAAAUCGGCAUCGGCACUCCGCCGCAGAAUUUCACCGUUAUUUUCGACACCGGGAGUUCUAAUUUGUGGGUACCGUCGUCGAAGUGCUAUUUCUCAAUUGCUUGCCUUUUCCACCACAAGUUCAAGGCUAGCAAAUCAAGCUCUUACACGAAGAACGGAGAAUCAUGUAAAAUUACUUACGGUUCCGGGACGAUCUCCGGCUUCUUCAGCCAAGACCAUGUGCUAGUUGGGGAUCUUCUGAUUAAAGAUCAGGUUUUUAUUGAGACGACGCGAGAAUCGAGUCUCACUUUUCUGGUGGCGAAGUUUGAUGGCAUUCUUGGACUGGGCUUCCCAGAAAUUUCAGUUGGGAGCGUUCCGCCUCUUUGGUAUAGCAUGGCGGAGCAAAAAUUAAUAGACAAGAAGGUCUUCUCUUUCUGGCUUAAUAGAAACGAAAACGACGAAAAUGGUGGUGAGAUUGUCUUUGGAGGUGUUGAUAGUAAACACUUUAAAGGCGACCAUACCUAUGUCCCGAUCACUCGGAAGGGAUAUUGGCAGUUUGAGAUGGGAGAUUUUCUAAUUGACGGACACUCAACAGGCUUCUGUGCUGGAGGCUGCGCUGCUAUUGUAGAUUCCGGAACUUCCUUGCUCGCCGGUCCAACUACUAUUGUGACUCAAAUCAACCACGCCAUCGGCGCCGAAGGAGUUGUAAGUAUGGAAUGCAAAGAAGUCGUCAAAGAGUAUGGCGAACUGAUACUCGAACUACUAAUAGCGCAGACGUCGCCGCAGAAGGUGUGCAGCAAGAUUGGUCUCUGUGUAUUUGACGGAGCUCGCAAUGUCGGUAGCGGCAUUGAAUCUGUGGUUGAGAAGCAAAAGAAAGAAAGAUCGUCUGUGGGCGACAAUCUCCUGUGUACUGCUUGUGAGAUGGCUGUUGUAUGGAUAGAGAAUCAGCUCAGAGAAAACCAAACUAAGGAAAAAAUACUCGCCUACGCUAAUGAGCUUUGCGAACGGCUUCCGAGCCCGAACGGGGAAGCGACUGUCGCCUGCGAUCUGAUUUCGAGCAUGCCAAAUAUUGCGUUCACAAUUGCAAACAAAACUUUCUCUCUUACACCAGAGCAGUAUGUUUUGAAAGUUGAAGAAGUGGGCCAAUCUAUGUGCAUUAGUGGGUUCAUGGCGUUCGACGUACCUGCCCCACGUGGCCCUCUCUGGAUACUCGGAGACGUGUUCAUGGGCGCGUAUCACACCGUCUUCGACUUCGGUAACAACAAAAUUGGAUUUGCUAAGUCUGCUUAAAAGACCUACUUAGCUAGCUAUGAAUAUGUAUACUUAGCCUAAAAAGAUACUGCAUGGAAUGUUUGUACUUGACCAAACAUUUUCACUAGUGUUGUGGUUGAUGAUGAUAUAGUUAUUAUAAUGAGGUUUAACAGAGCUUUGAUGGAGUGUUGUUAUGUAUUGAAAAUAAUAACAAGAAGUAAUAGGUUGUAUGUUGCAUAUUGAACUUACUGUUGAAUGAAAGAUAUAUUUAGUUUGGUUUGUUUUA